ACGGUGGGACUCGGGACGAAGCAAAGCAAUUUGUUGUUUUCUUUACUGACAAAGCUCAAAAGGCAAAGCCUGGCCCUUCCUUUUGUGGUUUGUUUUGGCGUCUGAGAGCCUGAAAGACAGAGAGAGAGAGAGAGAGAGAUCGGUCCCUUUGAGUUUGACACUAAAGAAAUAGUCAGAGAGAUGGCGGAAUUCCCGAAGAUACGGGUGGUCAAUCCCGUCGUUGAAAUGGAUGGAGAUGAAAUGACUCGAGUUUUUUGGAAAUCAAUAAAAAAUAAGCUUAUUUUCCCUUUUCUGGAGUUGGAUAUCAAGUACUUUGAUCUUGGCCUCCCUCAUCGUGAUGCCACCAAUGACAGAGUCACAAUCGAAAGUGCUGAAGCUACUCUUAAGUAUAAUGUGGCUAUAAAGUGUGCAACUAUAACUCCAGAUGAAGCUCGUGUCAAGGAGUUUAAUUUGAAACAAAUGUGGAAGAGUCCAAAUGGAACAAUUCGGAAUAUAUUAAAUGGUACUGUUUUUAGGGAACCAAUUAUCUGCAGAAACGUUCCUCGCCUUGUCCCAGGUUGGACUAAGCCAAUAUGCAUUGGAAGGCAUGCUUUUGGUGAUCAAUACCGAGCGACUGAUACAAUUAUAAAAGGACCUGGAAAACUUGAAUUGGUUUAUGUACCAAAGGGACCAGAAGAGAAGACAGAGGUGGAGGUUUUCAAUUUUACUGGUGCUGGAGGUGUAGCUUUGUCCAUGUACAACACCGAUGAGUCUAUUCAUGCUUUUGCUGAGGCUUCAAUGAACACUGCAUAUCAGAAAAAGUGGCCACUGUAUCUUAGCACUAAAAAUACUAUUCUUAAGAAAUAUGAUGGAAGAUUCAAGGAUAUUUUCCAGGAAGUAUACGAAACUCGAUGGAGAUCCAAGUUUAAAGCUGCAGGAAUAUGGUAUGAACACCGUCUAAUCGACGAUAUGGUUGCCUAUGCUCUUAAAAGUGAAGGAGGUUAUGUGUGGGCAUGCAAAAAUUAUGAUGGUGAUGUCCAGAGUGACUUCUUAGCCCAAGGUUUUGGAUCUUUGGGGUUGAUGACAUCAGUACUGGUGUGCCCAGAUGGAAAGACCAUUGAAGCUGAAGCAGCCCAUGGCACAGUUACACGCCAUUUCCGGGUUCACCAAAAGGGAGGGGAAACCAGCACGAACAGCAUAGCAUCGAUCUUUGCGUGGUCACGAGGCCUGGCCCAUAGGGCAAAGUUGGAUGGCAAUGCCAGACUGUUGGAUUUUACUGAGAAACUGGAAUCUGCCUGUGUCGGAACCGUUGAGUCUGGGAGGAUGACCAAGGAUCUAGCACUUCUUAUUCAUGGCCCCAAGGCUACUAGGUCUCACUAUUUGAAUACUGAAGAAUUCAUCGAUGCUGUGGCUGAGGAGCUUAGAGUUCGAUUGUUGCGCGCAGCAAAGUUGUAGACUAUUGGCAUGGACUUUGAUUUGUUAUUGGCAAUAAUUGUACACAGCAAUGUGGUUAAAUUCAUGUGGCAGGGGAAAGCUGUUGUGGUAGAAAGAUUAAUGACGACCUGGAAGAUACUUGAUUCACAAUGUGCUGAAAUUCAAGAACUUGAUAGAUUUGAAACUGGUAACUUUGAAUCAAAAGGCUUGUGAUUGUGUAACUUAUAAUUUUUCUAUUGUGUGGGACAAAUGGGGGAACAUCUAUACAUCUACAUGAAUGAUCAAGGAUAUUGGAAGGGACU